UCCCGCCCCUCUCAGUCAGUCCGCAGACAGACCUCACUCCAAACACUACGCUGCGGCUUGUUUGUAUUUCUUUAACCCAAUCACAAUCAUCUAGGGCGGCGCUAAACCCGCCAGCACCGUACGGUUUUAAAGUUAUUAUUCACUCGUCUUGUCAAGGACUAUUAUUAGUUGUAGUCAUUGGAAUUACUCGUGUAUCAACAAGGUCAGUGAAGAUGCCUUCUGUGAAGUAUCAGAGAGGGGACAUGGUGAUGGGCCGCUGGCCUGGCAGCAGCCUGUAUUACGAGGUCAAGGUGCUGGGCUUCGAUGCCAAAAGUCAGCUUUACACCGUCAUCUACAAGGACGGCACUGAGCUGGAGCUCAAGGAGCAAGAUAUGAAGAAUGCUGCUGGUUUCCAGUCCCGCUCCCGCUCUCGCUCCCGCUCCCGUUCUCGAUCACCAGGCCGCCCUCGCAGCCGCUCGCGCUCCCCAGCAAUGACCACGCGGCGCUCGUCCUCCCGCACAGCGGCGGCGGCUACUGCUGCUGCAGCUAUAACAGAGAGCGACCCGUCCUCUCGCAUGGACACAAAGCUGAAGGAUUCAGUAGAAGUCAGACUCAGUCCCCUGCCACAGUCAAAGGCAGCGGAGAACAAUGGCAACAAUAAGCAGGAAAAGAAAGAGGAGAAACAGAAAGAGGAGAAUAACACGGCUAACAAAGUGAACGAGAAGUCCGCGGCUGUGGUCGAGGCAGAGAAUGAGAAGACCCAAGGCCGUUACAAUCUGCGGCGCAGGAAGGACGACGGAGAUGCCAAACCAGUGGAGGCCAAACCAGAGCAGCUGGAGGAGAAGGAUGCCAAACUGGCUGCAGCUCCUGCUGCCUCCGUCUCCACCCCGCUGGACUUUGGAGGGAAGAUAGGAGCAUACUUCUGGCUGCUCUUCCUGCCAGCCUGGGUUCUCUUCCUGGUUCUCCAAGGGAACCGGGACGACCCCAGUCUGGCCAACUUCCCUCCUCCUCUGCCCCCUCUCGAGGCCUUCUGGGACGCCCAGGCCCUUGGCUUCGUCGUCCUCUGGAUCUUAUUCCAGGCCCUGCUCUACAUCCUGCCUGUUGGAACGCUGAGCGAGGGCAUGCCGCUGAGGUCUGGAGAGAGGCUGAAGUACAGAACCAACGGUUUCUUUGCCAUCUCUGUGAGUUCAGUUGCAGCAGCAGCAGCGGUGCACCAGGGUGUUGACCUCACCUACAUCCACAGCCACUUCCUGCAGCUGACCGCGGCCUCCUUCAUCAUCUCCGUCCUGCUGAGCGUCUACCUGUAUGUCCGCUCUCACUACGCUGCAGCAGAGCAGCUGGCACUGGGAGGAAGCUCUGGCAACGUGGUUUAUGACUUUUUCAAAGGACAUGAGCUCAAUCCCCGCAUCAAAGAGUUUGAUCUGAAGUUCUUCUGCGAGAUGCGCCCCGGUCUGAUCGGCUGGUGUCUGAUCAACUUUGCGAUGGCGCUGGCUGAGAUGAAGCAUCAGAAUCUGGAUGCUCCGUCUUACUCCAUGAUCCUCGUGAACCUCUUCCAGCUGCUCUACGUGGUGGACGGCCUCUGGAACGAGGAGGCCAUUCUGACCACCAUGGACUUGAUGCACGAUGGUUUUGGCUUCAUGUUGGCGUUUGGUGAUCUGGUGUGGGUUCCCUUCACUUACACCCUGCAGGCCUAUUACCUGGUCAGACACCCAAACCCCCUGAGCAUCCCCGCCCUCACAGCCAUCCUCACACUCAAACUCGUUGGCUUCUACAUCUUCAGGAAGUCCAACUCUGAGAAGAACGCCUUCAGGAGAAACCCAUCAGACCCCAAACUGUCUCAUCUGAAGAGGAUACCCACGGCAACAGGGAAGAGUCUGCUGGUGUCUGGCUGGUGGGGUGUUGUCCGCCACCCGAACUACCUGGGAGACCUCCUGAUGGCUCUGGCCUGGUCCCUACCCUGUGGCUUCAGCCACCUGCUGCCAUGGUACUACAUGAUCUACUUCAUCAUCCUGCUCGUGCACCGAGACUCCCGCGACAUGAGCGAGUGCAGGAGGAAGUACGGCUCGGCGUGGGACGAGUACUGCUGGACUGUUCGCUACCGGAUCAUUCCUCGUGUCUACUGAGGAACCUGCCGCUGGACGCUCCCGAGCCGAGGCCUUUUUCAACCCAAUAUUACGGCUGUGAAGCCUCACCAAAAAAAACUCAAAUAUGAAUGGAUCGAUUGACUGAUUUGACUUUUAAUAAUCUUUUCUUAAACCAAGAAUUUUUCAAAUCUUGAUUGUGGACUGAAGGAGCUACAGUACUCUGAAUUUUUUGAAGGAAGACAAAUGGCACUCAUUGGUAUUGUGAACUAUUGAUUUUCCUUUUUUAAUAGAAAAUACUCAAAUAUAGACUUUAAAAGUUUGCAAAAUGUGGGGAGAAAACUACCAACGCCUCUGCUAGGAAUGUCUUGUUGGGAUGUAUAUUUUUGUAUAUACACAUUUGUUUUUAUACUUCAAGAAUAUCUCACCAUUUGCAACAUUGUGGUAAGUUUUACUCUUUGCUUCCGUAUUCAAAAUGUUACAAUAUCAGCUUGGCUAUUAUGAAUAAUGUUGUAAGUACGCCUUCCUACUAUAAUUCUACUGCUUGUGUAUAUUGUGAAGGAUGAAAAAGGCUUUUUCUUUUGAAAUAACCUGCACAGUGGAACAAGGACUCGUGUUCUUUCUCAGGACCCAGAACUUUGUCACAAAGUUGAAUUAGAAAAGUUUUGUCUUUAAUAAUUUCGUUGUAUCUUUUGAUAUAGAUAUCUAGUUUUGAAUUGAGAGUGUUAAAUAAUUUUGGAGGUUUCAAGAAAAAUGCACUAAUGUGUUGAGGCAUAUUUUAUUUUCUGAUAUUAUCAGUCCCAAAGUGUUUUUGAUUUGGCUUUUCUACCUCAGGUUCACUCACUCUGCAGUGCUCAUUGUGCCCUCUGGGAGGCAGUGUGUGUAAUUAUGAGCGUGAUGUCUCUGCUGAAGAAAGGAAACUUAGUUUUUCAUUCCAGCAAUAGCAUUAGUAUCUGUUGUGAACACGUGGCACCGUUCCACAUCACACAUGUCAUAUCUAACCCCGACCCUUCCUAACUACUUUAUUUCCUGCAUUUUUAUGGUGCUGAUGAAACCAUCUGGACUUUGUUCUGCUAGAUUAUGGAGCAUAUUCUCUAAUAUGAACUGGUUGUUAAUUUCCCACCACUGCCACAUGAAUUUGGUUUGAACCUAUUUAAGCUUUAACCUGCAGGUCACAUGACAAUGACCGUUUUAAUGAAGUGUAUACUGUGACAACAUGGAGA